AUGAGCUACCUCGAGCGCGAGGGCUUCGUCGAUUCGCGCGGCGCGUCGCGGUGCGACUCCGCGGACCUUCGCCCCGAAAUCGCUCGUCCGAAGCUGCCCAGCCUGCGGUUCACGAUCGCGGCGUUGAUCGCAUCCCUGGCCUCGGCGGGUCUGCUCGGCGAGCGAGCCAUGUCGGAUAUCCAGGGCGUCAUCGACCACAUCAACAAGCACGAGCCGGAGUCGGUCAAGCGGCUCAUGGAUUGGCUCCGGAUCCCGAGCAUCUCCACCGACCCGGCGUACCGCGCCGAGACGCGGAAGGCGGCAGAGUGGGUCGUCGAGCAGCUCGCCGAGGCGGGCAUCAAGGCCGAGCUCCGCGAGACGGGGACGAAGGAAAGGCCCGGGCACCCCAUCGUCUGGGCGCAGCACGAGGGCGACGCGGACUACGACGGCCCGCACGUGCUGUUCUACGGUCACUACGACGUCCAGCCGCCGGACCCCCUCGAGCUCUGGGAGAGCCCGCCGUUCGAGCCGGUGAUCAAGCCCGCGAUGCCGGGCGACGACGCGCCGGGCGAGCGGAUCGUGGCCCGCGGCGCGGUGGACGACAAGGGGCAGGUCUCGUGCUUCCUCGAGGCGAUGCGCGCCUGGAAGGCGGCGCACGGCUCGGUGCCGAUGAAACUCUCGAUCCUCAUCGAGGGCGAGGAGGAAUCCGGGAGCGUCAACCUCGACAGAUUCGUUGAGGAGAACGAGGCCGAGCUCCGCAAGGCGGACAUCUGCGUCAUCUCGGAUACCGGCAUGCUCAAGCGCGGCCACCCCGCGAUCACCUACGGCGUGCGCGGGCUCGCGUACACCGAGGUCAUCCUCCACGGCCCGGACCAGGACCUGCACUCGGGCCUCUGGGGCGGGCGCUGCCCGAACCCGAUCAAUGAGCUGGUCGGCGUGCUCGCGCAGCUCAAGGACGAGAAGGGGCGCGUGACCAUCCCCGGUUUUUACGACGACGUGCUCGAGCUGACGGUCGACGAGCGCAAGGCGUGGGCCGAGCUGCCGGUCGAUCACGUCGGGGCGCUGAAGAAGAUCGGCUACGGCCCCGAGGCGGACCGGGGCGAGGAGGGUUUCACCUCGAUCGAGCGCGAGUGGGCGAGGCCGACGGCGGACAUCAACGGCAUCUACGGCGGGUACCAAGGCGCGGGGGCGAAGACCGUCAUCGCGUCGAAGGCAGGCGCGAAGGUCAGCUUCCGCCUCGUCGCGAACCAGGAGCCGGAAAAGGUCGUCGAGAUGUUCCGCGCCUGGCUCAACGAGCGCACCCCCGUCGGGUGCAAAUGGGAGUUCAUCGACCUCCACGGCGGGUUUCCGGGGACGGUCUCGACCGAGUCGCCCUACCUCGCGGCCGCGCGGGUCGCGCUCGAAAAGGCGGCGAACACGGACGCGGCGCUGAUCAAGUCCGGCGGGUCGAUCCCGGUCGUUGGUUUGCUCAAAUCGGCGCUGGACCUGGACACCCUGCUCAUCGGCUUCGGUCUCGACGACGACCGCGUCCACUCGCCCAACGAGAAAUUCGAGCUGGACUGCUACCGCAUGGGCCUCGCGACCCACGCGCACCUGGUGUCGGAGUUCGCCGCGAUGGGGGCGGUGCGACCGCACGCGCAGGUCGUGGAUCGCCAUCUCUUCGCGAGUGACCGAGGCCGCGAUGUACAGGACGUACAUCACCCCGAGCGCGGCGAUCAGGACGGUGGUGAACAGGCCGAGGUCGAGCUCCAUACCCUGAGGAUCGGGCCCGCGAAGGUCCGACUUCACCCGGAUAUACUUCUCCCCGUGCGGAUUUCUGCGUUCCAAGCCCUCCGGGCACUGAUCCUCGCCGCCUUCGCGGCGCUCAUCCCGGCGGGGCCCGCGUCCGCACAGUUCGACCCCUCCGCCGGCGAGGUCGAGAUCACGGUCGACUACUUCGGCGUCGGCGAUAUCGUGCGUCCGGGCGACUGGGCGGGCAUCCGCCUCUCCCUGAACGACCUGGGCGACGAGCCGCGUGACGUCUCCAUCCGCCUCCACGCCGCCGACCCGGACGGCGACACGGCCCUGUACCAGCGCGAGAUCCUGCUCACGCCCGGCGCGCCCGCGGGGACGUGGCUCUACCUGCCGCUCCCGUGGUCGCUCUCGGCCUCCAACCCGCUCACGAUCACGGUGCACGAGGCGGACGUCUCGGGCGAGGAGGCGGUCAUCGGGCGGCAGAUCGCCUACGAGCGUGUGCUCCCCAAGCGUGUUGCGUCGCCGGAGAACCCGAUGCUCGCUGUCGUCGGUCGCGAGACCUUCGGGCUGCUGCAGUACGAGGAGCGGGGGCGGCGCCAGCAGGAAGAGUCCGUCACGUCGCACGAGCUCGUCCGAGUCGUGCACUCGAUCGACCCCGCGCAGUACGGCCUGCCCACGGAGUGGAUGGGCCUCGCGCCGUUCGAAUCGGUCGUGUGGACCGAGGGCGACCCCAACCUCCUCCCGCGCCUGAGCCACGCCGAAGCGAUCCGGGAGUGGGUGAACCGGGGCGGGCACCUCGUGAUCGUGAUGGAGCCCGUCGCGGACGGGUGGUUCAGCGCGACGAACCCGCUCGCGGACCUCCUGCCCGACGUGACCGUGGUGCGCCACGAGGAGGCGUCGCUCGAACCCUACCGCGACCUGCUCGUCCGCCCGCGCGACGAGCACAGCAACAUCCGCCUCCCGUCGCAGUCCGUCGUGCACUCGUUCGUGAAGAACCGGGGCGCGGAACGCAACGACGCGGUCUCGCUCUUCGAGGGCCCCGAGGGGACCGUCGUGACGCGCCGGCUCAUCGGCACGGGCAUGGUCACGGUGAUCGGGCUCGACCUCGGCGCGGGCGGCAUCGACCGCCGGAACCUCGUCCGGGCGGACGCGUUCUGGAACCGGAUCCUCGGCAAGCGCGCCGACGCCCUCACCGGGCCCGAGAUCGACGGCGUGGAGCAGGGCGGUUUCGCGAACACGCUCCGCGGCAUGGGCAGCAAGGUCGCGGACAACAUCGUCUCCAAGGAGAUCAACCUCACCGGCACGGUGAGCGUGGGCGUGCUCUUCGGGCUCGCGCUGUUCAGCGUGUACUGGAUCGUCGCCGGCUUCGGCAGCUACGCCGGGCUCAAGGCGCGCGGGCUCGAGCACCACUCGUGGCUCAUCUUCGUGCUCGUCAUCGGGCUCUUCACGGGCAUCGCCUGGGCCGGUGCCCGGUUCCUUAAGCCGACGGACGUCGCGGCACGCCACGUGACGAUCCUCGACCACGUCUACGGCGAGCCCGUCCAGAGCGCGCGGACCUUCGCGAGCGUCAUGCUCCCGGAGUACGGCACGCAGCGCGUCUCGAUCGCGCCGCAGUCCGCGGACGAGCCGUGGCGGCAGGCGCUCGUGCCGUGGUCGGAUCCCAAGGACGCCGGCACCACGCGCAGCUUCCCGGACGCCCGCGAGUACACCGUCGGCACGCGCAAGCCCGACGGCAUGGCCGUCCCCGCCCGGCAGACCGUCAAGCAGUUCCGCGCCGACUGGCUCGGCGCCCCGGUCUGGACCAUGCCCGUGCCGCAGGGCGAGGGCGCGUUCCCCCAGGCGAUGCGCGACGGCAGCCUCCGGGGCGUGCUGGCCCACGACCUGCCCGCGCCGCUCGAGGACGCCGUCAUCUUCUUCGUCCGCGGGCCGCGCCCCGUCGACGACGUCCACGAGCGAUGGAAACGGGAAGAGACCGGGCUGCUCAUGUCCGACGUGCUCGCGCUCGAGCUCAACGACGCGUGGGCCCCGGGCCAGCCGCUUGACCUCGCCGCGCUGUUCACGCCCGAGCAAAUCCGCAGAUCGGCCGCGAACGCGGAGGUGUUCUUCCGCGAGAUCGUCCCGUUCAGGGCGCCUGGGCAGGUGCUCGGGAUCACCGACGACACGAGCGAUUCGGACUACGAGCUGAUCAACUUCGCCGGGGCGCUCUACCAGCCGGAGUACAACAAGCAGAACUUCUCCGACCGCGUGCCGAUCAAGGUUCGCCGCCAGGCGACGCACACGCUCGACAUCUCGCACUGGCUCACGCAGCCCUGCGUCAUCAUCGUGGGCUCGCUCGAGGACGCCCCGUGCCCCGUGCCCUUCCGGCUCGACGGCCGCCCGAUCCCGACGGUCGGGCGCACCGUCGUCCGCUGGAUGUUCCCCCUCGACGACAGCCCCCUCCGCGACUACGGCGAUCUCGUCGCGCUCGACAACCUCAACCUGUCGAUCAACGAGGGCGAUUGCUUCGGCUUCAUCGGCCCCAACGGCGCCGGCAAGACCACCACCAUCAAGAUCCUCGCCACCCUCCUCAAGCCGAGCCGCGGGCAGGCGAUGAUCAACGGCCUCACCAUCGGCUACCAGAACCGCCAGAUCCGGCCCAUCAUCGGCUACGUCCCGGACUUCAUGGGCGCGUACGAGGACAUGGUCGUCGUCGAGUACCUCGAGUUCUUCGCC